ACACUUUUGGUUGUGACCCGUAGAAAAAUGCAAAGCAGAAGCGGACAGGCUGGCCUCCUCUCCCGUCGCAGAACCAAUGCUUAAUGGCACCGAAUGUGACGACGCAAGGCACAACAGCCCGACGUGCGUUUCGACAACAGGCCACGGCAUGGAGUUAGCAUUGGUAAAUGAAAAUGGGACGUCGGACAUGGAGACGCCACACGGUUCUGUUACUGGGAGCAAUGGAUUUAUUCUCAUUAAGCCGCAACAGGAGGACAGCUCGGAAGCCACGCCUGAUAUGGCAAAUUCCCCCCACAGGACUAACCGGCCACCUUCAAACACCCCCACAGGGGUACACUUGACCAAAUCUCCCCCUUCCUCAGCCUCCGGGUCCCCUCAGACUUUAGGUGCACUAAGGACCGACCCUAUUACAGGAACUACAACAGAGCUGGAGACAAUAGACUCUAAAAAUGGCACAGCCGCCACUACCACAGCUUCAACAACCAUCAUGAUACACAGAGCUCGCAAAACCAUGUCGAGGCCUGCUGUCACUCUGGAACAAAAGCUCCUCAAGAAGGAAUUAAGAGAAGCAAAGAACACCGUGAUGGAAACUCCGGUUUCACCCGACACGCCGAACCCUUCACAGCAGUGCUCAACAGAGAACCAUCUACCUCAGAAUCCUUCGGAUCUGCCAGCUUCAGCACAAACUGCUUCGCCGACUUCACCAGCAACUCCUGUAGAUUCUUCCCCUCCGCUCACGUCGACGCCCUCCAACCUUCAACAUGGUCUCGCAGGUCUCUUCACAGGGGGGCUCUCUUCCCGUAAGAAGAAGAGAAGGAUGGGAAUUUACAGCCUGGUUCCUAAGAAGAAACCUAAAAUUCUUCGGCAGACAACAAUGUUGGAAAUGUUUCAGGUGGUACACCCGAAUGCCAAGAGCCCGGAGACAAAUCUAAACAUAAACGGGGAGAAGAUGGAUCAUGCAUCUGAGGAAGAGGAAGUGUCAGAUGAGCUGGACUCGGAGGAGGAACAACAGUCGCAAGGAGAGGAACUUGGCACCGAUAUCGUGCAAACGAGUCCAACAUUUGAGUCUCCGUCUCAGGCGGAGAAUGAGCAGGAUUCUGACGAAUCUGGAGAAGAUGAAGAGGAGGAAGGCACGGAUUCAGAUUACUUGAGCACCGAGUCCAGUCUAAAGAAGUCAAAGAGGAAAACAAAAGGAGACGAUGCCUGGCUCAGGCCAUCGAGGAAAUGCAAGAGGAUGGCAAUGGAGAAAGACCCAGAGUCCUUGGCUGAGCCUCCUGCUGCAUUUCUGAUGCACUCAGAAGACAGAAAUGAACACUCCGAGAUCACACCACCCGACAAACUCUCACUCCAUGAGCCUGACGCCAGUUCAGAUGGCAAAGAGAGCUCGAGUUCAACAGUGGAGGAGGCCCAGGAGCUACCACUGUGCAGCUGCCGCAUGGAGACCCCCAAGAGUCGGGAGAUUCUCAUUCUGGCUGACAGGAAGUGCAUGGCUACGGACAGUGUCGAUGGACAAUUGACCCGCUGCCAGGGCGCUGUCUUGAAACAAGAAAUGAUGCGUCCCUCCAACUCUGUUCAGCUGCUCGUUCUAUGCGAGGACCACCGCAACGGCAUGGUCAAGCACCAGUGCUGCCCCGGCUGCGGCUUCUUCUGCAGGGCUGGGACCUUCAUGGAGUGCCAACCAGACAUGAACAUCUCGCAUCGCUUUCACCGCGCCUGUGCCUCAGUGCUGAAAGGUCAAAGCUUCUGCCCCCACUGCGGGGAGGAGGCCGGCAAGGCCAAGGAGGUGACCAUCGCCAAGGCUGACACCACCUCCACUGUACCCCCCACACCUGCCCACGGGCCAGCUCCGCCCGGGGCCCACGAGGGCCGAGCGGACACCACUACCGGAAGCUCUUUACAGCCGGCUGUGGCGAGCGACGGCAACGGGAGAGCAGACAGCUCGCUUUGCGCUGGUUUGGCGCCGGGGCUCGACUCCCUCGCUGUUUCGGGAUCCUCCGGCGGCACGGAACAGCCGGGCGACGUCGAAGCGACAGCCCCUUCUCCGAUUCUUCCUCGAGAAACUCUUGAAAGCAUCCUAGUUGCUCUUGACACGGAGAAACCCAAGAAGCUGCGUUUUCACCCAAAGCAACUUUACCUCUCGGCCAAACAGGGAGAGCUGAAGAAGGUCGUGCUCAUGCUGGUGGACGGUAUCGACCCCAACUUUAAGAUGGAGUCUCAGAACAAACGCACCCCUCUCCAUGCUGCAGCUGAGGGAGGACAAAAGGAAAUCUGCCACAUGCUUGUGCAAGCCGGCGCAAACUUGGAAAGCUGCGACGAAGAUCAUCGAACACCGCUGAUGGACGCCUGCGAAAACAACCACAUGGAGACGGUCAUGUACCUGCUGAGAGCUGGAGCCAGCGCCAUGCACAAGGAUGUUGAAGGGUUCACAUGUCUCCACCUAGCGGCCAAGUCUGGUCAUUACAACAUUGUUGAGUACCUCCUGUGUACAGGAUACGUCAACAUCAACUGUCAGGAUGAUGGAGGAUGGACAGCCAUGAUUUGGGCCACAGAGUACAAACAUGUGAACCAGGUCAAAUUGCUUCUGUCCAAAGGAGCUGACAUCAGCAUCAGAGACAAGGAAGAAAACAUCGUUCUUCACUGGGCAGCGUUCUCUGGCAGCGUUGAGAUUGCCACACUGCUCCUGGACGCGCACUGUGAUCUCCACGCUGUAAAUAUCCACGGGGACUCUCCUCUGCAUAUCGCCGCUCGGGAGAAUCGCCUGGACUGUGUUGUGCUUUUCCUAUCUCGAGGAGCAGAUGUUUCCCGAAAGAAUCGCGAAGGAGAAGCGCCUCCGGACUGCUGCAGCCACAACUCAAAAACGUUUGCGGCCCUGCAGGCCAACAGGAGACAGAAGGAUGCCAAGAACGUCGGGUUCAUUCAAGCAAUGGAAAAAAGCCUUCACAGCGACAUUGCCCUCGGGCAGGAGAGCGUUCCCCUUCCCUGUGUCAAUGCCGUCGACGGUGAACCUUACCCGGACGACUACAAGUACAUCCUUGAAAACUGCGUCACCUCCCCGAUGAACAUCGAUAGAAACAUAACCCACUUGCAGUACUGCGUUUGCAAGGAAGACUGUUCUUCAAGCGUCUGCAUGUGUGGACAGCUCAGUCUGCGCUGCUGGUAUGAUGCGGGCGGUUGUCUUCUCCCUGAAUUCUGCCGUGAGGAGCCCCCGCUUAUCUUUGAGUGUAACCACGCCUGUUCCUGUUGGAGGACCUGCAAGAACAGGGUGGUGCAAAACGGACUCAGGACCAGACUUGAGCUCUUUCGGACCAGUAAGAAGGGCUGGGGUGUCCGGGCACUACAAGACAUACCGCAAGGGACCUUUGUAUGCGAGUACGUCGGUGAGAUCAUCUCCGAAGCCGAAGCUGAGAUGAGGCAAAAUGAUGCGUACCUCUUCAGUUUGGAUGACAAGCCACAAGAUCUUUACUGCAUCGAUGCGCGUUUCUAUGGAAACAUCAGUCGGUUCCUCAACCACAUGUGCGAGCCCAACUUGUUUGCCUGCCGAGUGUUCACCACACACCAGGACCUGCGUUUCCCACACAUCGCCUUCUUUGCCAGUGAAAACAUCAAGGCGGGAGAAGAGCUUGGAUUUAACUACGGCGACCACUUUUGGGAAGUGAAAAGCAAGGUGUUCAGCUGCGAAUGCGGCUCCUCCAAGUGCAAGUACUCGUCCGCGGCCAUGACGUCGUUGCAGGCGGACAGCACGCCAGAGAGCCAGCAGCAGCCCAGUGCCUCCCCUGACACCAGCUCGUCCGACGCUCCCUCCAGCCCCUCUUAAAAACGUUGCCCCCGCGCUCCGCUUAUUUCCACGCGCGUCACGUCUCCCGGACACGAGGACGCCCGCCCCAACACCAACCGAUGACACUUUUUGCGAGAUGCACAGUUGGACGCCCCCGCCCCCUGAAGAAUGUUCUGCUCCGGUUUGACACCAUGCUAAAAAUGACCCGUCUCACCAAACGGCGACGAGGGACAAUUUAAAAGCAGUUUUUCACAUUUCAUAUUUAACAUCACCGGAAAGGGAAAAACGUGUCGAGAACCAUU